CUUCACAACAGACUCAUAAAUUUGCAAUCAUUGUAUAAACAUCCUAAUGGUGGGACACCAAAUCUCUAAGUGACACAAUCUAGAAAGUUUCUAAGGCUCUAUUAAUAUAGACACUUAAGCUAUUCUCAUAUGUAUGAUUCAAAAACGUUAAAAUUAAAGACAUUUUUCGGAUUCUUGACCUUACCCGUCUUUAUAGAACAAAGGGAUUCUCUUCUCGUCUUCAUCGGGAGAAGAAAGGAUAUCAAAUCUUCCACUUCAAUGUCUUAUGCAUAUAGAUUUAAGUAUAUCCUCAUCGGUGAUACUGGAGUUGGGAAAUCAUGCCUUCUGCUUAAGUUCACCGACAAGAGGUUUCAAGCGGUGCAUGAUCUCACCAUUGGUGUUGAAUUUGGGUCCAAGAAGAUCACUAUCGACAACAUACCCAUCAAACUCCAGAUCUGGGAUACGGCUGGUCAAGAAUCAUUUAGGUCUGUUACAAGGUCUUACUAUAGAGGGCGUGCCGGGACAUUGCUUGUCUAUGAUAUCACAAGGAGGGAGACAUUUAACCAUCUAGCCAGCUGGCUAGAAGAGGCAAGGCGGCAUGCAAGUGAAAAUAUGACGACAAUGCUCAUUGGGAAUAAGUGUGAUCUUGAAGAGAAAAGGGCAGUGAGUACAGAGGAAGGAGAGCAGUUUGCAAGGGAGCAUGGUCUUAUAUUCAUGGAGGCCUCUGCCAAGACUGCUCACAAUGUCGAGGAGGUAAAAGCCCCCAUGUUUUCAUUCAAAUGUUUAGGCUUAAACGGAGAUCUCUACACCGCACUUUUAACUCGCAUGCUUUAUCUCGCUUGCAUAUCCACCAGUUCAGCUACGAGUCUAAGAGAAGGAUAUUAUGUUGGUUGCAAAGUUAACGUAGAAUACCAAAAUUAGAUUCUGGCAGUUGGGGACAUCAUAAAAUGUGAAUAAGUAGAUUUUUGGAGUUAUUUCUUUAUUAAAUGUUAAGAGAGAAGAGCUUGUAUGCUUCUUAUUUGUUCCACUCCUAUAUACUAAAAGAAAGUCUAAAUCAUUAUGUCGAUG